CCUUUCGCCCCCUGUAUUAAUCUAAUUGAGAAGGGUUAAAGGCUUUCUCCAAAUCAAAGGUUGCAAAUUUAUUUGAGAAUGAUUACAUAAUUCUGAGCGUAAUCAAAAUGAAAGUUAGUACAAUGAAUUGUUCAGAACUUCUGCAUUUGAACUACAUUCCUACAGUGUGGGAAGUCUUUGAUGCUUUGGGAAACAUUGGAAUUUUUCUAGUGAGUGUUACAGGUAUAGCAACUGUGUUAGUAUUUGCCAUAUUCUUCCAAGAAUCCAUCUAUUUGUUUCACCACUGGCCACGGCAACAGUGCUUUCUUACACUACUGUGUCUGAAUACCUUUCCAUUUGCUGCUGGUGGAUUCUUCAUUUCAAUGGUCUUUCCCAAUUUAGCAGAAACUGCAAAGACUAUAAUACUUAUCUACCUCCCUGUAUCUCUUGUUGUGUACUUCAGACUUAUGAUAAACUAUGGUGGUGGAGAAAAAGUUAUUUUGAGAAAGUUAUUUGGCCAAGAGAUGAUUUUACAAGGCCCUCCAUUAUGUUGUUUGUGUUUCUGUUGUGACAAGCCUCCCUUAACAAGGAGAAGAUUUUUCUUCUUAAAAUGUUCAGUCUACCAACUUGCACUAACACCAGUACUGUUGGCAACAGCAAAGUACAUUGGAAUAGAAUAUGGCAUCUUUAUUGAAGGACUUUUGUCUCCUUACAAUGCAGCUCCAUAUAUCUCGGUCAUCAGUACUUUGUCCAUGAUGUUUGGUGUGUACAGUUUGGUGAUUUUUAGUAGAAUAGCUGCAGCUUCGAUAAAGGAUUUCCAAAUGACUCACAAGUUUGCCCCACUGCAGGCCAAUUUUCUUCUGAUUCGUCUUCAGGUAAUAAUUUUUGGCAUCGUUGGAAGGGCAGAAGCAUUCCCAUGCAUUUAUCCAGUCUCUUCCACAAUGACUGGACACUGUAGAUAUAAGUUCUGCAGUUAUUAUAGGAGAAGCUUUCAUCUUAGCUGUCAUAGCACGUGCUAUUUUUCUUCAUCCUCCUCCAUACUCCAUGUGGCCAGUGCAAUCAUCAAUCUGUGACAAUUCAUCUAUCUCCCAAAUUAGUGUGUCUGAACAAGAUUCAAUGAACUCAGGGCUGGAGUCACUUAAUUCAGUUUAGAUGAAGUGCCAAUUUUUGUCUAGAUAAUACAAUAACUGUGCUUGAAGAAUAGCUGCUUAACAUUUGUUGGUCAGAACAAAUAAUUUCAAAGCACAUACUUUCCUUCCUAGUGAAGAGAAAUUCAAGUUUUCAGCUGAUAAUGUAAUAUGGUCAUAAUUUGUGUACUACAUAACCCAAGAUAUAUAUUUAUGUUAACAAAUAUGCUUUAUGUUUUUAAGUCAUUGCACUUUGUACACAUUUUUUUUAUUAUGUGAAGAAAGUCCCAUUCAACCAACACCAUUAACCUAAUGUAGUUUUUUUGUAUUAGUUACUAUUCCUUAAUUCUAAUAUUUAUAAAUCAGAAUUUACAAAAAAAAGUCAUUAGUUUUAUAAAUAACUGUAAACUGACUCCUCUAACAUACUUAGGAUCAUUGCAAUCAUUUAAAGGCAGGGAAACAUUACAUCUCUCUAGUCAUUAAGUACCAUAGUUCAAGUGUCUAUGUUAUAAUUCUUGUCUACAUUCUCAUUCCAUAAAGAAUAAACACAUAAAGAAAUUGUUUUCAUCCUUGUACCAAAUAGAAUAAGUAAAGAAGUUGUUUUAAUUCUUGUACCAAAUAGAAUAAGUAAAGAAGUUGUUUUAA